AUGGGUGAAAUAGUGAAGAAACUGGACACUGGAUUUGCUAUGAAAGAUCUUGGGCCCUUGAGUUUCUUUCUAUGUAUUGAAAUACAGCAGUUACAUACCCCAUUGCCUUACAAGUAUGGUCUACAAGAAGCUAUUAUAAAUGCAGUUGAUCCCUCAAUCUUUAGAAGCACAGUGGGAAGCCUGCAGUAUGUCAAUGGAACCAUUGAUCAUGGAUUGAGAAUUAUAUCUCAAUCCUCCUUCAGGCUCUAUGGAUUCUCAGAUGCAUACUGGGCAGGGUGUGCUACAACUAGAAGUUCUACUACUAGAUAUAGUGCGUAUCUUGGUGCAAACUUUGUGUCCUGGUCUUCAAGAAAGCAAGACACUGUUGAAAGAUCAAGUGUUGAAGCUGAAUAUACAGUAUUGGCAGCAACUACAACUGAACUCACAUGGAUUUGCUACAUCCUUCAAGAUAUUGGAGUAUAUAUCCAGGCUGCUCCCACUCUCUUUCAUGACAACCUGAGUGGUUUAUACAUGACUACUAAUCCAGUAAUGCUGCCAGAACCAAAUAUGUAG